CGGUAACGUGACAGCUUAUCCGGCACCUGGAGUUUCCACCGGAAGUGCCUUUCUCAACACCACAUGCGCAUGAACCCAUGGACGCGCCUCUCCCUAACCAAGGCAGCUGUCAGCCAAAGUCCAACAGGAGCUGAAUUGGGAGGUGCGGAAAGUAUUUAUCCAACUGAAACAGCAACAAUGCGUGCCUGCAAUAAGAAGAGUUUUGGACUGAUUGUGAUCAGUGGACUUGUGCUGCUAGCCCUGUUUCAUGCUUGGAGCCCAGGGACCAGCUCAGAAGUUGACAUACAGCCAAGACAGGGGAGUGCAAUAGAGAAACUCCUUGAGGAGAAGAUUCAAAAAACCAUCAGUGGCUAUCCUAACAUUGCCUACCAUAUAAAGGAGGAUGUGGCAUGUCGCUUGGCAAAAAACACAUGUGUAUGUCUGGCUGAUAAGGAGACCUUUCACCUGCCUUUCUCCAAUCUACUCUUCCCACGUGUGUGGGCCCACAAGCUCGACCUUGCAUUCUUAGAAUCCCAUCCAGACCCAGAAGGUGUAAAGCGUCACAGAGCUCAGGAGUACAGCAGCUUUCAGAAGAGGUCCUACAAUCCUGCAGAUGUGCCCAUUAUAGCUGAGGCCAACAGUCCUCUUCAGUAUCCUACCCAGGGUGUGGAGGUGCGACCCCUCAAAACCAUCUUCAUUCCUGGUUUGAGUCUUAAAGAAAAAAAAAGAUCUAACUACACGGUAUAUUUGACAGCAACAAUGGGGAUUUUUGAUGUUGCUGCUACAGUAGACAAGGUCUCUGUUAAAGGAGAGGGAGAGAAGCACAUGAUACUUUCGAGUCCUCUUCUCUCUGCUCUGAACAAGCAGCUACAGUUCGUCACCUAUACAAACACUGUGUUCCAUCCCAGUACAGCAGAUACAGUUCAGUUUGCAACUGAAGGUCACCAGUCAUUUUUCACCAUUAAAGUUGGACACAGAAUUAUCCCAAAACUUUACAACUCUGGAUACCAAAGAGAGUACAAUAUUAGUGCUCUUGUUACCAUAGCCACCAAGACCUUUCUGCGCUAUGACAAGCUCAAAGUACUCAUUGACAGCAUACGGCAAUAUUAUCCAACCGUCACCAUAGUGAUAGCAGAUGAUAAUAAAGAGCCUCAGCAGGUGACUGGGCCUCACAUUGAACAAUACAUCAUGCCAUUUGGAAAGGGUUGGUUUGCGGGAAGAAACUUGGCAGUGUCUCAAGUGACCACCAAGUAUGUGCUCUGGGUGGAUGAUGAUUUUAUCUUCACUGCAAACACCAAGCUGGAGAGGAUGGUGGACAUCCUAGAGAAGACCACCUUGGAUCUGGUUGGUGGUGCAGUGAGAGAGGUGACAGGUUACACUGCAACAUACCGUCACACCAUUUCAGUGGAAGAGGGAGGAGAAGAGGGUGACUGUUUACAUAUUAGACAAGGCUACUAUCAUGUCAUUGAGGGAUUUCCCAAUUGCGUGGUGGCUGAUGCUGUCAUCAACUUCUUCAUGGGGAGGACAGACAAGGUGCAGCAGGUGGGCUUUAACCCCCGCCUGGCACGGCGCGGUCAUCUGGAGUUCUUCAUCGACGCACUGGGCUCCCUCCACAUUGGCUCCUGUCAUGAUGUCAUUAUAAACCACACGUCAAAGAUUCAACUACCUUGGACUAAAUCAGACUCACAAAAGGCUUAUGAGAAAUUCCGCUACUCCCCCAGUACUGAAAAUAACCUUUAUAACGAAGUCUUCUAUUUCAAGAACAGGUUCAAGUGCAUGACCAGUCAGUGAAACCUGCGCUUUUACUUGUGUGUUUGCUGCUUUAAUUUGAGGACAGAUGGGAAAUUGUUGUUUUCAGGUAAAUUUAAGACAAAAAUUGAACGUUGUAUUUUACAGCUUGUUUACUGCCUAAAGACUUGCUGUUGUGUGGACAAAUUUUGUUCUGUGAAGAGAAUAUGGUUCUUUGGUGUAUAGAGAGAAAUCAAAGGAUCCUAUCCUAACCACUAACCUCCAUAUGUAGUAUUUGCCCACUACAAUAUGCACUAAAAAUGCCAUGUUUCUGGCCAUAGUAGCAUGCUGGCAAUGUUUGUACAGAGAUUUGUGGUCUGCAAAGGAUGGAUCCUACCGACUUUGUGGAUCCACUGAUUUUUUUCCUCUUGGGCCACCAUUCAGAAAUGUAUUUCCCAUUAAAUGUGGUAUAGAUGAUCAUGGUGCCCAGAGGAUAAAUUCUAGUGACUUUGAUGAUUCCCGAGCUUUUUCACUAACACAACAUGUGAAUGUUAAGUGUUUUUUAGUGAAAUGUCUCAAUAACUGUUAAACUGAUUGCCAUAAAAAUUGGUACACGCAAUCUCACUCAGGAUUAAAUGUAAUAAUAAACCCCUGACUUUUUAUCUAGUGCCACCAUCAGGUCAAAAUUUCAGUUUAUCCAAUAUUUUGGUUUAUGACCAAAGACUUAAUGUCAUUCUCAUCACUUUCAGCUGUACUUUGUGUUUAAUGCUAAUUAAAAAUGUUAGUAGGCUGACAUGGUGACAUUAGCAUUUAGAUCAAAGCUCCACAGUGCCUAUGUACAGCUGGCGGAUGUUAAAUAGUAAUUCACCACAGAGACAUUAGUGGCUGGGAUGUAAUGUGGCUGCACAUAAUAAUUCAUACAAGACAUAGUGAACCAGUAAUCGUCUAUGUUGAGGCUUAACUUUUUUGUUUAGUUUUGGGGGGGGGGGGGGUUGUUUUGUUUUGUUUUGUUUUGUUUUGGGUCAAAGUUUCAUUGGCACACCACUACCUCUUAGAAUGGCAGCAGCUGGGUAUUUCAAAUUAUAAACAUCUAAUCUUCUAUCUAUGUCCCUUUUUACAAUAUUUCAGUGACAUAUUUAUUUUGAUAUUUUGAUUUGUUAAUUAUUUUCAUAAGCAAUUGGUAGGCUAGAUGAUACAUAUAAUUAAAAUUAUUUGACUUAGCACAAUUUAAAUAAAUACAUGCUAUUUAUUGAGCAAAACUUACAUUAUAUGUGUAUCUUGGUGUCUCAAUCACGUACAUCUUCCCACUCUGAAAUUAUAGCAUCAUCACUGUAAUGGACGCUAUAAGGAAAGGAGCAUCCAUAUCUGAAAAGGAGCUCAAAGAGAAGGUACAUUUAAAAGCACUUGGUCUUGAUCCAGUUACUUCAACUUUAUAGUUUGAAGUUCCAAGUUUGUAGCUUUGUAAUUAAAAAACGUGUAUAAAAAAGAAACUAUUACUUACUAUUUUAAGCCACUUAAAGGUUGAGACUCAUCAUGAAUCAAAUUCAAACUCUGUUGUCCCAAUAAAAAGAACAUGGCCCAAGGCUUUAUUGUGGUCCGCUACUCAGGGAACAUUUAUGUUUAUAAACUGUUUUUGAAUGUAUGUAAAAAUGUAUAUAAAGGUUUUAAGGGGAGUGUUUACAUUGCACUGUUGUACAAUUAACGAAUGGAUUUUGUUUGUAUUUUGCUUUUUAAAUAAUAAAAGUAAGGAAAUAAUAGCCUGUAAUGAAAUGCUAUUGAUAGUAAUUGUAUUCUUUGGAGACACACUGAAAUUAAAUUACCCUUUUGCCAAAUAAUUGAA